AUGGUUUUCCCGCGGAUAGCUUGUCGACACUUUGCCACCAACGCCACUCCUUCUUCCACCGCCGUCAUUCCAAAACUAGGUCGUCAUGUCUCUCGCAUUGGCUUUGGCGCGUAUCGUAUAGCUCCUGGUGAACCUCGUCAUGCUCAAGCAUUACGCGAUGCGCUCAAGGCAGGUGUUUCCAUUAUCGACACCGCUUCCAACUUUGCAAACGGUGGAUCAGAACGAGCCAUUGGUGAAACGCUUGAGGAUAUGGCCCAACAAGAACAACUUGAUCGACAGUCCUUGACACUCGUAUCCAAGGCUGGUUACUUGACGGCUGAUCAAUUGGAUGGAUUUGAACCUGGCAAAGAUUAUGUGCAAAUCAACGACAAGAGCUUUCACACUGUAUCCCCCAAGAUCCUGGAACGAGAGAUUACAUCUUCACUUGAAAGGCUCAAGACCAACAAGCUGGAUAUCUUUUUGAUCAAUGGACCUGAACGCAUGCUGAUGGCAAAGAAUAGGAGCUACACACCCGCCCACUUGUAUCAGGAUCUCAAGGAGAGCUUUCAAUUUCUCGAUUCCCAAGUAGCGAAUGGAACGAUUGGUGGAUAUGGCGUGUGCUCCAAUACAAUGGCCCUUCCAGCUGCAGCAGACCAUGUCUCUCUCAAGGAUGUAUUAGGCGCGUGUAUCAAACCAGAGAACUUUGUGGCUAUUGAGACACCUGUCAACCUCUUUGAACGUGAAGUCGUCUUUGGUGAUCAAAAGACAGUGAGCGAGAUUGCCAAAGAAAAUGACAUUUACUUGAUGACCAAUCGACCUCUUAACGCUAUCGCCAAUGGACAAAUUCGUGUCCUUGUGAAUCAUGUUUUUGGAGAAGGCCAAUCUAGUGAACACCAAUUGAUGGAGAAGAUGACCCAAACCUUCAGCCAAGUCUCUAAUCUGGAAUCGGAUAUGAUGUCGGAGUUACCUCUUGAGGAAGAAACCUUGGCUAGCAAAUUUGUAUGGGGACAAGUGCUGUCCGAGAACUUGGCUCGAUUGGCGGUGAAUCAUUUUGCUACCAAGCAUUACCUGACACAGCAAGUAUUGCCGGCUAUUGACAAGGAUUUGAAAACAUUGGAGGAAUACGCUUCCCAAUUCGAUGAUGAAAAGGCACAAUCAUUCAAUGACUGGAUGGCUGCAUACAAGCAGAAUGUACACACCCUUGCAGAUGACAUUGUCAGCUAUGCGUACAUUGAUACCCUUCGAAAGAACAGCGAGUUGGAUCGUAUCCUCGAUGCAUUGUCUCCCACGCUUAGUCGACAAGACAACCAAGACAUUCAUUCUCCGCUGACUGUCAAAGCUUUACGUGUCCUUCUCGGCCAUGAUCAGAUCGGUACGGUGUUUACAGGCAUGCGAGAUCCAGUCUAUGUGAAUGAUGCGCUCCAGGCACUCGACAAGAGCAUCAAGGAUCCCCUCAGCCAACAAGAUAUCAAUGACAUUUGGCAAUGCCCGAUUUUUCAAUGA